UUGCUUCUUGUAUGCAUAGUAAACACUGAGCCUAUCUUUUCUGCAUAAACACUUUAGGAAAAGGAGCGCUCAUUCAAAAAGCGUGAACGUAUCCUUGUUUCUCAAUAAUUUUAUUGACAUUGGAUUGUUUGUCCAUUUAUCCAGAGUGUCAUUAUGAUGAUUGUCCGAGUCUUUGAUCGCGAGAACGGAUACCAGUUGUGCCAUAUCGAUCAAUGAUAUCUCCACAAUUCCGCCCGUGGAUCCGACAGAAGUAGUUACUCCUGCAAAUAGCGGGAUUGAUUUGUCAGCUCAUCGCAACACCGAUCGGAACAGGUGCUUGAACUCAUUUGUAACUUGGGAUUCAUCAUGUCCGAGACGUAUUACCUACACCUCAAUGUUUCUCGUUUCGAACUGAGUCUCAACGGAUCGCUUGGUCAGUCCGUAAAUAUAACUAAUGGAUCGGAUCCGAACGCUGCUAACAUUUAUCCGGAUAUAUCGUACUCGUUGUUGACGGUGUUGCUGUUGAUUAUGAUCGCCACUGUCGCCGGAAACGGCAUCGUGCUGAUCGCCUUCUGCGCGUCUAGACGACUGAAAACACCGUUCAACUACUACAUCUGCAACCUGGCACUGGCCGACUUCCUGGUAGGGAUCAUUGCCAUGCCGGGUUUUAUUGUUUACAAUCUGUUCAACGAGGUGUGGCCGGCCGGAACGGCGCUGUGCACGAUCUGGAUGUAUUUUGACUGGCACAUGACCUUUGAGUCGGCUAUAAAUUUAGCUGCCGUCAGCUUGGACCGCUACUGGUCAGUGCGAUGGCCAGUUUCCUACAAGCGUCAUACUUCAGUAAAACGCACCAUUCUCAUCCUGCUCGCAACGUGGCUGUACAUGCACAUUGCUUUCUUUCCCGGGUAUCUCUACGACCGGAUUGUCAAUGUGUAUGGUGAGCACGAUUGUUUCUGGGAUUUGGUUAUGAAUCGACGGUUUUGCACAGCCGUCGCUGUACUGGGAUAUUACAUUCCCCUCAGCGUGAUGGUGUUUUGUAAUUGGUCGAUCGGGAGCAUGGUGGUUAAGCGGACAAAUGCCACUGCACAGGAUCCGGAUGUGGCCAAGAAAUACGCGGAAGGAGAAACCCGGCUUACUUUGGCGAAAGACAAAGCCCGCCGGCAACGUCAACCGCUUAUUACCCUGGCAAUGAUCACCGUGUGUGCUGUAAUCUGCUGGGCACCGUGGGUUAUUUACUUUACCAUUGCGCCUCAUUAUCCUACCGCACUGCCCGACAUUCUCAUCACCGUCGGUUACUGGAUGUGCUACCUGAAUUCCACUAUUAAUCCCUACUUAUACAUAGCCACGUCGGAUGAUUUUCGCGGCGCCAUUCGGGAUCUGUUUUGCAGAAGAAGUGGACAGACGCUUUCCGGUGCGUUCAGUAUGAUCAUCAGCGCAGCGCCGAAGCGGACAUCAUUGGAAACUUCCGUUCGACGAGCAUCGUAAACCUUACCGUUUUCAAUUGUGUGAAGGAUUGUUUUUAAAAGAUGCCAGAUAAAAUUAAAAGCAUGCGUCAGAAGUUUAUUUUCUAAGAGUACUACAAGCUAACAGAUGCUACUGCGAUAUCGGGUCAUUUUAUUUUAAUGUUUUGCAACAAUUCUAAACUUGAUAUCGAUUCCACUAAUCAGUGUACAUGGGUUCAGAUUACUGUAAAAUUCUGCUCGAGCACAACAUGUCCCUUGCCGAAUAAUGAAAU